AUGGAGGUACUAGACAACAUGGGCGAGGGAGGAAUGGAGCUGGAGGGAUCAGCCAUCACAGCAGCUGUUAUAAACAACAGCCUAGAUGGUGCUGCAAACAUCACCAACGUUACCUUUUUUCCAUAUUAUCAGCACUCUCUGUAUGUGGCUGCCAGCUACAUCCUGGCCUACUUCUUCAUCUUCCUGCUGUGUAUGGUGGGAAACACACUGGUCUGUCUGAUCGUACUGGAAAACCGUCGUAUGCGCACAGUCACCAAUCUCUUCAUCCUCAACCUGGCUAUCAGUGACCUACUGGUGGGCAUCUUCUGCAUCCCUACAACACUGGUGGACAACCUCAUCACAGGUUGGCCCUUUUCCAGCAUUGUGUGCAAGAUGAGCGGCGUUUUGCAGGGAGUGUCUGUUUCUGCAUCAGUCUUCACCCUGGUGGCCAUUGCUGUUGAAAGGUUCCGCUGUAUAGUUUACCCUCUACAACCCAAGCUGAAUGUACUUGUUGCCAAGGCGGCCAUCGUGUUAAUCUGGGUUCUAGCAGUGGUGAUCAUGUGUCCAGCAGCUGUGGCACUGACUGUGGACAAAGUUCCUUUCCACUACAUGGUGUACAAUGAUGACUUCAACCAAACAUUCCCCCUGUACACCUGCUAUGAAAACUUUGCUAGCCCUCAGACGAGGAAGGUCUACACAGCAGUCCUGUUUGCGCACAUCUACCUGGUGCCCCUCACCAUCAUCACACUGAUGUACGGAAGCAUCGGAAUCAAACUGUGUUCCUCUGUGGUUGCAAACAGAGAGCCACAGUUGGCCAAUGCCACAGUCCAGGUUGGGGGUAGAAGGGGUGGUCAGCCAAUGAUAUCCCAGAAAAAGAUCAAGGUGAUAAAGAUGCUUAUACUCGUGGCUUUGCUUUUCAUGCUGUCCUGGUUGCCUCUCUGGACCCUCAUGAUGAUGACGGACUACGCAGGCUUGGACAGACACCAGCUUGACCUUUUGACCAGCUACAUUUUCCCCUUUGCCCACUGGCUGGCUUUCUCCAACUCCAGCGUCAACCCCAUCAUCUAUGGUUACUACAAUGAGAACUUUCGGAGGGGCUUCCAGGCGGUGUGCAAGUCCAGGCCCUUCUGUUGCCUCAUACAGUGCCAGCAGUGGAGAAGGGUGGCCAGGUGGGGCCGAAAAGAAAGGUCUGUGCCAGCACCUGGUAGAGUUACUAACUUCAGAGAUGGCACUGGCAAUAACAACCAUCUUGUCUUGGGCCUGAGAAAUCGAGUCCAUAACGACAACAAAUUGACUGAGACAGCAGAGGUUAACAGGAACGCAAGGGUGGGGUGUGUUGUGGUCCACUCAGAGAGAAGGCUUUCAGAUCGAGGAUUAGAACUCGCAGCUAUUAAUAAGAAAGGCAGUAAUGGUGAAGAAUCAGACAGGGUUAGUUCUCUGGGAGCGUCAGUGUAUCAGGCGUGGGAUAACUGA